GUGUCCGGCACAUAAUCGAACUGGGAGCGCCGUGGUGGCCGUCGUCAGUUCCGUAAGACGGGGCUAAAUUUCAUUUCUAAAAUGAGAACGUAUAUAGUUUAGCUAAAACGAAAGAAGAUAGGGCCGAUAUAAAAACGUGAAGUGAAGAAGAGAUUCUUCGUAAGAGCCACGCCUCAUCGUGAUAGACAGCUCCAAUUUACAACCCGGCCACGAGCGCAAUCAUGCCGCUUGUCGCUGAAUCGUAGCGAUAUCAUCGAUGCACAAGUGCACGCGGGAUAUAGCGAUAGUGCGACUCGAGCGAAGGAGGGUAGUUUCUCUUGAAAGUUUAUACGCGCCAGCCCGAUCCAAGCGUGUCUAAGAAAUCCCGAAACAUCACUGUCAAGUCAAAUUCGUCGCUUCGCGAGUGCCAAGCAGGGUGGAUAUCGUCAUCAGCGAGAAUUGAAUAGGAUUUUAGUCGUGAACGGUUGGCGGAACGAGGAGAGCUGUCGUAAGGUGGAGGAGCUGCAACGCCGCCACUGAUUAAAAGCGGCCAAUUUCGACGGGGUUCAGCCACGUCCCCGACGAGGCAGGGUACCGUGGAGUUUCUCCUCGAAUCACAAUGGCGCCCAACUCCGUGUUUGUGGAAUCGUGGCCGGCCACGAUUGACUGAUGCAAUAGCAGCAGGCAUCUUCGUAAAUAGAUAUAUAUCCUUCUGUGUCUAUCCAUUCUGUAUCCGCUCGAUGUACCUCUGAUUCAAAUGAGUGGACUACCAGUUGGCGUAACUGGCGUAAUUCCUUGAAACGUCUCUGGUAGUCUCGCUAGUACACGGUGAAGAAAGAAGCAACAUGAAAAGAAUCCGCAAGAGGCAUCCGCCGAAGAUAAAAGAAGAUUAUGUCAGAUCAUCACAGUGAUAGUGAAUACGGUGAAUGCAGGUGCGCGAUGCUCCCGUCUGGGGGUAUUUGGCGGUGUUUCUCAUCGCUUAUCGUCCAAUAAAUGUUGCAUAUCGAAAAGUAAAAAUCUGGGCUAACGACGAGAUGGAUGUGUAUGACACGCGAUUUACAACAGUUCUCGAUUAAUUCGAGCGAAAGCAAGGCAACGCGGUGCGAGCAAUCCGACGACAUACAUAUAAAUAACCUAUGCUUGAGUCGAAACCUAUGCAAUGUUCUUCGAGAAGAAAUGGACGCAUACCGAUAAUAAACUAAUAUUUGACGCGUAUAUCGCGUCAAUUGUCUUCGAAUUGCUGCCCAAAUGAAAUUUAAAAAAUAUAACUCGAAGACAAUUUAUUCGUCAAGUUAUCCUCAAAACAUUUUCCGUAUUCCAUCGCAAGUUACCACGACAGAGAGCACGAUGUCGCAUGAGAUCGCAGUAGAACACGACAGACCGGUACCAAAUCUCACAAAGAAGUGAUAACGACGAGCGCAGAGUGCAGAAAGAGGAGAAAGAUCGUGGUACGUUACACAUCGGUCGUUUGUAUAGGACAACCCUUCAACCUGGCGGACCAAGAAGAAGGAAGUGGCUCAGCGGCGAUGCAGGGCAAGGAGAGCCCUGUUGGGUCCAAUACCCAAGAGACCCAUCAGUACGUCGGCCCGUAUCGGUUGGAAAAGACCUUGGGGAAAGGCCAGACUGGUUUAGUUAAACUCGGCGUGCACUGUGUGUUGGGCAAGAAAGUAGCGAUCAAGAUUAUCAACCGCGAAAAGCUUUCGGAGUCCGUGUUGAUGAAAGUGGAGCGUGAGAUCGCCAUUAUGAAACUGAUCGAUCAUCCGCACGUACUCGGGCUCUCGGAUGUAUAUGAAAACAAGAAAUACCUAUAUCUUGUUCUGGAACACGUCUCAGGCGGGGAGCUGUUCGAUUAUUUGGUUAAAAAGAGCAGACUAACCCCGAAGGAAGCGAGGAGAUUUUUUCGACAAAUAAUUUCCGCAUUAGACUUUUGUCACAGUCAUAGUAUAUGCCAUAGAGAUUUGAAGCCUGAGAACUUGUUGCUGGAUGAGAAGAAUAACAUUAAAAUAGCGGAUUUCGGAAUGGCGUCUUUACAACCCGCGGGCUCCAUGCUGGAGACCAGUUGCGGAUCACCUCAUUAUGCCUGCCCCGAAGUUAUUAGAGGUGAAAAGUACGAUGGUAGAAAGGCGGAUGUAUGGUCUUGUGGGGUAAUACUUUACGCGCUUCUGGUAGGCGCCUUACCUUUCGAUGACGACAAUCUGAGAAAAUUGUUGGAGAAAGUUAAGCGCGGAUUGUUUUACAUACCACAUUUCGUGCCGCCCGAGUGUCAGAAUCUGCUCAGAGGCAUGAUAGAAGUCGAUCCCGAGAAAAGAUUGACGUUAGCAGAAAUAAAUAGGCAUAUUUGGGUAACGGCGGCGGGUAAGGGCGAGUUGGAAUUGGAGCUGUCGAUGAUGGACGUGGUGCAGACGCACGUUAUUCCGUCCGUGGAAGCGAUCGAUCCCGACGUGCUACAGGCGAUCGCAAGUCUUGGUUGCUUCAAGGAGCGUGACAAACUCAUUCAAGAGCUACUCAGUCCAAAUCACAACACGGAGAAGGUAAUAUACUUCCUGCUGCUAGAGAGGAAGCGAAGAAGACCAGCGUGUGAAGACGAGCUUGAGGUAAUGAGGAGUGGCAUAAGAGGAUCCGCAGGGCAGUUAGAAGCCGAUCCUCCGAGAAAACGGGUGGAUACGUGUAGAGUGAACGGAAGUACCGCGCUCAAUCUCGGACAGAUCAGUCAUGGCUCGCCUUUAACGCCCAGAAGACAGUCCAGCACGAGACAUCACGCGCGUCGAUCACCGAGCACGGGUGGAUGCCACACUCAUACGUCUCAUUCGCAUACGUCGACGCCGGGCAACUCGCCGUUGCAUGCGCCUGCGGGUCUGCUAAGUCCCCACAGAGCGAUGCCGACGUCGCACGUGGGCCAGACAAUCGCCUGCGGUGCACACAGACUGUCUAUUGGUAGCAAUACCACUAUCACCGGAAACGGCAACCCCACGACUCAAAGCGUUCCCACGCCGUCGCCGGCACUCGCCAAUGUCGGCAUUGAACUCAAUGAAGUGCAACCUGUAGUUGCGGUCGGCGUUACUCCGCCGGGCUCGCCUCACACGGGAGCGGGAUCCGGAGCUCAUCACUGGAGAUCGCGAUUGACCACGAUCAAAAAUUCCUUCCUGGGCAGUCCCAGGUUUCAUCGUCGUAAAUUGCUCACUAGUACCGAAGAGGUACAUCUCACGCCAGAUUCUUCGCCGGAACUUACGAAAAAAUCAUGGUUUGGUAGCUUGAUGACUACGGAGAAAGACGAAACCUUCACCGUUUUAGUUAAGGGAAAACCGUUAGCCAGUGUAAAAGCCGAUUUGAUUCAUGCUUUUUUAUCGAUAGCAGAAUUAUCUCAUAGCGUGAGCUCGCCAAUGUCGUUCAGAGUGGAGUACAAAAGAGGUAGCACCGCACCAGCCAUGUUCCAGAGACAAGUGCGAUUUCAAGUUGAUAUUAGCGCGAUAUCAAAGCAGCCGAAUGAGCCUCUCUUUGCCAUCACCUUCACAUUAUUGAGCGGAAACAUUCGAAGAUUUAGGCGAGUAUGCGAGCAUAUCCAGUCUCAGGUAUGUUCGAGAAAUGUGAGUAUGAACUUGGGAGGACAAAGCAGAGCCGCACCGCCUAGUCCGAGGGCCUCCAGAAAGUUCACCACAGAGAUGAGUGAGAGUUCCAGCUGCGGCAGCGACACCAGUGAACGACUCUUUCUUAACCCUCACCCAGCUACCAGACAGGUAGUCUGUUUCAAUAAGAUCGAUUCGGACAUCGAGUCGGAUACGUCUGUAUUCGACGUGAAAUCGCCGACCCGCGAGAACGGUAGAAGAAGCUCGACAUCGACGAACAAUAACAAUGCUCUGUCGGGUGAGACGACACCAACGCCAGGAAGCCCGCCAAAGGCAGUGCGAAGUAACUCGGAGAGCCAAAACACUCCCGAGAAGAAAUGCGUGACCACAAUGAGCGGCAACAACAUAGCGUGAUACUAUCAGAAUCUUCGCUUCGAGUUCCGAUCAAGUCUGAAGAGCCUAUGGGACAGCGCUCAGAGAUUCUGGUGAGGUUUCCUCUGACGAACGCUUAUAACGCUUUAAAAGAACUGCAGAAAAGAACUGCGUAAGACACAUCUAUAUGCGUAAUACAACGUAACGCAACAAACAAGAUUUGAGGUCUAACAUCAUGAAUCUUAUCGUCAGCAAGCAGUAAUAGUGAGAAGAGAUGAAGAGGCGACAGUGAGAGUAACACACUUAUUUGCAUUGUGUAAUUCGAAACAUCGAAACCUUCAGUGCGAGCUCCGGACAUUAAAGUUUUCAUUCUCAAAAUUAAAAAAUAUAUUUAAUUUUGUUUCCAACAAUACGUGUGUAACAAUUUUCUUCGAACAGCUCGAAACUUAAACAUUAGAAACGAUAUUAAAUGCAUCGUAGUCUGUGUUUAUAAAAUAAAUGAAUCUUCAAGAGAGACGCUAUUUCCAAAUCGCCUCCAGAUAAAACCGGUGAAUGGCAUAUAUAUAUAUUUCAAUAAAUAAGCCUACAUAACAAAAUUGCACGAAGAGGAAACUCCAUAAUUACCCAAGAAGAGAAAUGUAAAGUAUACUAAGAAAAUAUGUUUCGUGCGAAACUUAAGUGCAAUAAUGUAAUGUUACCGUAUUAUUUUACCCCCACAUAGAAUGGAUGUUAAUGCAAAAUUGCAUCGCGCUGUUAAGUUUGUGUUAACAAAUGACACUUUUUCGUUUAGACAUAUUUUAUUUAUUGAUUAUAGAAAAAAUACGCUGUUGCUUGGAGAACAUCACACAUUGUUACCCUGAUAUAUUAAAAAUUAGAUAUUAGUCUCAUGAGUUUUAAUUUUUAUUCACUUGUCACACAAUAUUUUUUAUUUGCAUUUUCAUCAACCUCCUCAUAGUAAUCUGUUCGAACAACAUACUGCAUACAUUCCGACAUCUAAUUACACUGACAGGAGACACGGUCUGGCGCGAAUAAUGUUCCAAGAAAUUAAUUUUUUUCAUACACGAAAAAGAAGAAAGGAUAAAAACAAAGAGAGAAAGAGAGAGAGAGACAGAGAAAAGUUUCCGAUUUUAAAAGAUAUUAAUAAUAAAUGUAUACGCAAGUCUCACGAUCGUACGAAGCUAUUCGUAGAUAUUCAUUUGCUUCUCGCAAGAAGAAAAAGCUGAGGAUGAUGAAAUCGACUAUGGCAUGCAAAACCCGCCGCAAAGCGAUUAAAGGCUAACGCGUUGCUGAAUGUAUAACUCAUAUAGAAAAAAAAAAAAAA